AGGCGGUCGGCCGGCCGCUCAGUGCCGCACUAGCUCCCGAAGUGAGAGGUCGCGCGUUCUGCAUUAUAAUCGUCUUCACACGUGCUCUUUCGCUCUCGGCGGGCGAAUAUGUUUGAAUUUUACGGCCUUCCAGUGAAGUUGUAUAUCUUGCGGAAACUACGUCCUAUCAAAAGACAGCACCUUUAAAAGUAAUUGUGUUAAACAAGGAUCCGUCAUGCAGUGUUCGGAGUGUGUUCAUCGUCGGUGAGAAACUUGCAAUGUUAGUGACAGCGGCAUUUGCUCUUCUCUGCUCGUGGUUGACGGCGGCCGGUGGAGCGCGUCCUGCGGCCCUCGAUGUGCCGCGCUGCUGCCCAAUCGACCAGGCGCUGCCUGCUGAAUCAUUGCGAGCAGACCUGCUGAUUGCGAAACAUGUAUCUGCUGCCUGUCGCCCGGCACCGGACACUCCUCCCUGGGCACCGCUCGUGUAUGCACCGGCUCGUGGUUCUUUCCUCGAGCGUGGCCGCCUGCCGGUGCACUGGCGGUUAGCAUUUUCUCGCGUACCUGCCUGUCAAGAGCUUCGUGUUUUGCCUGAACAUGCCGCGCCGUAUGCACUUCUCGCCAAUAACGGAUCUCUGUUGAUGCGUGGAGCGGCACUUGCGCUCCCACCUGAACGAUAUUGCGCGGAUGCAGUUGCCGCUCUCGUUUGUGCUGAGGACGCCGGAGGCCGCGGUCCUUCCAAGUGUUGUGCCGAGGGACGCGCGUUCGAUGGUUCGCGUUGUGUGGAGGACGAAGUUCGUGCGUUAGAAGCUUUACACGAAUUACAUGAACUAGCUAAUGGUAGUGCAGUGGGUGCCGGUUGGCCGGUAUGUGCGGAGGGGUCGAGGUAUGCCGUGGCAGGUGCGCUAAGCGGCUCGAAACUGUUUGAAGAUGGAGCGCUGGAACUUCACGGAGAAAACUCGCGGCUGGAGCCUGGUGAGUGGUGUGCUGAGGCAGUCGCUGGCGAGAGUGGCACGCGUGUGCUAGCAUGCGAGGCUGCAGCACGAUCCACUCGACCGGCGCAGACGGCUCGGCACGCUCUGUACGGCACCGGGCUCGCCGUGGGAGCUAUAUUCUUGGCAGCUACUCUAGCGGCCGGUUUCGCUUUGCCUGCGGCGCAUCACGCACUGCAUUGGAGAUGUCAAACGCACUACGUCGCAGCACUGAUGCUGGGCGACGUGCUGCUCGCCGCUACACAGCUGGCAGGCGAUAGAGUGCCGCCUACGCUUUGUCGCGCUCUUGCUGUGUGUAUGCAUUUCCUCUUCUUGUCGGCGUUCUUCUGGCUCAACACUAUGUGUUUUAACAUCUGGUGGACAUUUAGAGAUUUCCGGCCGACCUCGCUGGAGCGUGGGCAGGAGGCGUGUCGGCUGCGCGUGUACAUGGUGUACGCGUGGGGUGGGCCGCUGGUGGUUGCGGGCGCGGCGGCGCUGCUCGACCGCUUACCGCCCUCCGCCGCGCCUGGCCUGCUGCGACCGCGUUUCGCCGUGCAGCGAUGUUGGUUCUACGGUGACAUGGAGAUCCUUGUAUACUUCUUCGGCCCUGUCGGAGUAUUGCUGCUUGUCAACCUCGCGCUCUUCAUCUCCACCACCAGGCAACUCACUUGCGGGCUCUGGCGACGUGACGAAGUCAAGUCCACCUCAGAAAGGGCGGCUCUCGGUCGCGUUUGCGCAAAGCUGGUGGUGGUGAUGGGCGUGACGUGGGGAGCGGACGUCGUGUCAUGGGCAGCUGGAGGGCCGGAAUACGUGUGGUACGCGACCGACUUGCUGAACGCUCUCCAAGGUGUAUUCAUCUUCUUGGUGGUGGGCUGCCAGCCGCACGCAUGGGCGGCGCUGAAGCGUGCGGCGGCGGCGUGGUGUGCGCGCGCUCCAGGUGGGACGGCGCACUCGUCGUCGCACCUGCCGUCGUGCGGGGAGUCGCUGACGCACACGACGGCGGCCCCCGCGCCCGCCGCGCUCCCCGCCGCCCCCGCGCAGCCUCGCCUGCCCAUGGAGACCGUGUGCUAACCGCACACGCCGCGAUCGCGAAUAUUUAUUCUACAGUAUUAUUUUUGUACUCAAGUAGUUAACGAUUACGAAUGUAUGAUGUACUGCGGUACGCGUCGCCGUCGAGCGAAUUGAGGCUUUGUAUAUAUGUACGUAUUUAAGUCGGCCCCGCGCCUCGUGUGUUUAGUGUAUACGUGUUUGUAUAUGUAUAUGUGUUAUUUAUAUGAUGGACUCUAUUGACGAAUCGUCACCCGUGAACGUCUUGCCCGUUCGAUUGGCUGUUGAAAUAAAAAUGAUUCUAAAAUA